AUGAGAUCCCAUGUUACUGGCUGUUUUGAAAGCUGCAGGGGCUUUGGAUGGCAGGGCUCGGAAAGUAUAAAUGGCCAGUUCCCGCUGUGCACCAGCAUCUCUGCUCCUUGGCUGCCAGCCCCUGCCCUGAGCUCAGUAAGACGGCGAUCCCGCGGCUCUGCCGGCGGCGGGAUGGCGUCUCCCAUGGAACAGGCCCUCGCGGUGCUGGUGGGCACCUUCCAGAAGUAUUCCGGCAAGGAGGGGGACAGGUACAAGCUCAGCAAGGCGGAGAUGAAGGAGCUGCUCCUCACGGAGCUGCCGAGCUUUGUCGGGGACCAGGUGGACGAAAGUGACCUGAAGAAGCUGAUGGGGAAUCUGGAUGCCAACGGGGACGAGGAGCUGGAUUUCCAGGAGUACGCGGUGUUCCUGGCCCUCACCGCCGAGCUGUGCAACGAGUUUUUCCGGGAGUGCGCCGACGAGAGGAACCGCAAGAUCUGA